AGUAAAGUCACUCCAAGUCUUUAGAAUCUGAUGCAAUCGACAUCGUGGUUCAAAGCUUUUAGAUAAGUUAAAUUAAACUCCAUUAUUUUAUUAAUAUAUAAAUUAUUUCAUCACUAAUAACAUUAAAAAUGGAAGAAGAAGAUUCGAUAUUUGAUCCUACGUUAAAGAAAAAAAAGAAAAAGAAGAAGACAACGUUUGAUUUAGAUGCUGCUAUUGUUGAAGGUGGUAGUGGUAAUGAAGGUAAUGACGGUGUUCCUGAUAAAGAAAAUCAAGAACCUGAACAACAAUUACCAGAGGACGAUGAUGCAUUGGAUUUAGAAAACUUUGGAAAGAAAAAAAAGAAAAAAAAGAAAACUUUUAAUCUAGAUGAUGGUGAUAAUGCAGCAUCUGAAAAUAAAAAAGAGGAUGCAAUGGAAUCAAGAACUGAAGAAGUAGCAGCUGAUGAUAAUCUUGAUUUGGAUAUGGAUUUCUCAAAGACGAAAAAGAAAAAAAAAAGUAAAAAAAAGGAUUUCGAUGAAUUAGUUGCUAAAGAGGAUAAAAAAGAGAGUGACGACAAAGACAAUGUGGAAGAUACAAGUUUAUGGGUAGGAUCUGAUAGAGAUUAUACUUAUGAUGAAUUAUUAUUACGAGUUUUUAAUAUAAUGCGUGAAAAAAAUCCUGAUAUGGUGGCUGGUAAAAAACAAAAAUUCGUUAUGAGACCACCACAAGUUGUACGUAUUGGUACUAAAAAGUCAUCAUUUGCUAACUUUACUGAGAUCUGUAAAACUCUUCAUCGACAACCGAAACAUUUAUUAGACUUUUUGUUAGCUGAAUUGGGAACAAGUGGUUCUGUUGAUGGUAACAGUCAGCUUAUUAUUAAAGGAAGAUUUCAACAAAAACAAAUUGAAAAUGUAUUACGUAGAUACAUCAAAGAGUAUGUUACUUGUCAUACUUGUCGUUCACCGGACACUAUUUUACAAAAAGAUACGAGACUUUUCUUUUUGCAAUGCGAGACAUGUGGAUCGAGAUGUUCGGUAGCUAGUAUAAAAUCUGGUUUCCAGGCUGUUACUGGUAAACGUGCGGCCAUACGAGCUAAAACAGCUUAAAAUACUCUUCAACAUCUAUUUAAUAUACAUAAUGCAUUAACAGAAAAGAAAAUGAAAAAAAUAACAAAAUAUCCAAGUCUCUGCUAAUAAUUAUAUAUGUAACAGUAAAUAAAUUGUUCAAUUUUACCGAA